AUGGCCUUCAGGGAUUUGGCAAUGGCAAUGGUCUACUUAGUUCAGACUCUCAUUGCUACACUGGGGAAUUUCUUUCUUCUGUGCCAUUGUACCUGCCUUCAUUUCACUAAGUGUCGAUUGAGGUCCACAGAUCUGAUUCUCAAGCACCUGGUCAUAGCCAACUCUUUGGUCAUUCUGUUUAGAGGAAUUCCUGAAACAAUGGCAGCAUUUGGCUUGAGAGAUUUCCUCAGUGACCUGGGAUGCAAACUUGUUUUCUAUGUUCACAGAGUAGGCAGAGGUGUGUCCAUCAGCAGUACCUGCCUCUUGAGUGUCUUCCAGGUGAUCACAAUCAGCCCUAGGAGCUCCAGGUGGGCAGAGCUUAAGCUAACAGCCCCCAAGCAUGUAAGCACCUUCAGCAUCCUCUGUUGGAUCCUCCACAUGCUGUUAAACACAAUUGUUCUUAUGUAUGUUACUGACAGAUGGGGCCAUAAAAACAUCACCUACAGAAAAGAGUUUGGAUACUGUUCUACUAUUCGCCAACAAAAGUCUAGGACAAUCCUGCAUGCUGCAGUAAUGUUCCUCCCUGAUGCAUUGUGUGUGGGGCUCAUGCUCUGGACCAGCAGCUCCAUGAUUUCUAUCCUGUACAGGCACAAGCUAAGAAUGCAACAUGUUCACAAGUCCAACUUGACACACAGAUCCUCCCCUGAGACCAGGGCCACCAAAACCAUCAUUCUCCUGGUCAUCACCUUCGUCUAUUUUUAUUCCCUCUCUGCUAUUUUCCAAGCUUUCUUCACUUUGUAUAAAAAUCCUAACAGUUUGCUUGUGAAUGUUGCUGCUCUAGUCAGUGGGGGUUACCCAACAGUCAGCCCUUUUCUGCUCAUGAAACAUCACCCAAGCAUAUCCAGUCUCCUUGACUGUUUAAGGAAUGCAAAAACUUGUAAUGUUAUGAGGAUCAUGUAA